CAAACUGGAACCUUGACAUUUCUUGCAUUUUGCACCCCUUUCUUUGCAGCCAUGGCUUUGCCCACUGCUCCAAUCGUGCUGACCGCACCAACGGAAGCCGUGCGUGCCGGAUCCGCGCUGCAUGCCACACGAACCACGCGCUCCACGAUCGUCGACCGCGCGCGACACGAUCAGCGCACGUGGCGCAGCGGCUUGACCGCCGUGGCAGCUGCAGUGGCGGCCACACGCCCGCAGCGCAGCACAGCGAGUGGGCGCGACUACGGCGAACGCGGCGCGCAAAGGAGAUUGAGGGGGCCCAGGGCCUUGCAGCAAGCGGUGGACUUGCUGGUGAAAGAGUUGGAGAUGGAUGAGAGGGCGGCCAUGCGCAUUGUCAAGGACAUCCGGACCUUUGUGGUGGCCCGCGAGGGCGAGGAUGCCACGGGCAGCCGCAGCAUGGCUUGGGCGAAGCGCUUGUGCCGUGGCUUGAAGAUGCACGAGGGCCUUGAGCCAUUGCUGCAGAAAGUUGGAGGAGUGGAGCAGGUCUUGUUGGACCUGGAAGCCAGAAGCAACAAGCACGGGGAGGUCUUUCGGGACAUCACCCGACAGCACCAAGCUCUCCGUGAUGGGGAGGCGGUCGACAUGGAGGACUAUGGCAAAGCGGCUGAGUAUAUGGCUCAGGAAUGGUGGGUUCGUGCCUCUGCCGAGCGGAUCAUCGACCGUAUCGACCAGUACUUCUUGCUGAGCGGCGAGCAGGUCCGGAAGGGGCAUCCUCCAUGGGCCUAUUCCAACGACAAGAAUAGCGUGCCCAAAGGCUGGAAGCAGUACGAAGUCCAAGGCAGGCGUCUUUUCUGGAACCCUGAGACGAUGCGCAUGCAAACCAAGGCGCCCCCCGGCUAUGAUGCGGACGAGCCCCCGCGAGAGCCCCCUGCGGCUCGCGAGCCACCGCUGAAGUUACUGGACAUUGGCAGCAGUGUCAAUCGCUUUCAAGAUUGGCCUUUCUUCGUUGAGGCGCACGCCCUGGACUUGCAACCGCAGGCAGAGGAGGUCCUACAGGCGGACUUCUUUGAGGUCCCAAUCCUCGAGGAAGCUCAGGCAGAUGCUUCUCCCUUUUGCGUGGAGGAUGGAGAGCUGAAGGGCCUUGUGGCCAACGCCUUCGACGUGGUGGUGAUCUCCUUGGUGCUCUCCUUCCUUCCCAGCCCGGAGAAACGCAUCGAGAUGGUGGCCAAAGCUCGCCGCUGCCUCCGGAACGACCGUGGCCUCCUGUUUGUGGUGGAGGGAGGAUCUGCCGUCAUGGACGGCAGUUGGUAUCAGAAGGAUGCAGCUGCCGAGUGGUCUUUAGCCAUGGUCGACUGUGCAUCCUGCGGAAAGAUGUGUCCCGUCGGACUGUCUCUCUUCUCCAGCGUGCUGUGUGCAAUCCAGCGUGCCACAGGCAGGUGCUGUGUCGGCGGGUUUUCCAAAACGUGUUCCUGCGCUGUGCCUCAGCACAUUAUAGCUUUGUUGUGCAUUCAGUUUACAGGCCGAAGGAAAAGGAAAGCAAAGAGUUUUAGCAUCAGCAGGGGCGUGAUUUAGGUCACACAUCAGCCUAAAAGCAGAUGCCAGCCAGGUUCUAGAAAUUUUAUCAAAUUGUAAGAUAGCUUAAGAUAAAACCCACCACCAAUUCUUAGGUUUACUUGUAAAACAAUCAGACAUUCAUGAGGCUUUGGGUGCAGAAAAUGAUUUGGCGAAACAUUGCGAAACCAUUUUCUUGAUUUCCCUCCCAAGACAUCCAAAACCUGG